AUAAGUUGCGUAAGCUUCCAAAAGAACUCUGUGACUUCUUUGGGCUGUUGUCUACAGGAUAAUACUGACUUGCAGCCGGCUUCGACGUUGAUCAUUUACCAAUGUCGACUGCUUGAGGAUUCGCCUAGGUGGACUUUUCAAACAUUGUCGAUGGGGAGGGCGCCUUCACCCCGGUGUGAGCGCCGCAUCAAUGCGACGAAUUUGCUGCACUAUGCGGUGAACAUCGGCGCUCGACCGCUGUGUGGGUCUUGCGGCGUAACAUGUGGGACCAAGGUAGACUCGGUGAGGGUCGCUCGGCGUCUCGGUGAGAACAGGCUUAUCGGAGGAAGUACACCAACGAUAAGAAGAUGGCCCCACCUGCCGAACCCAAAAAUUUGA